UUCACAAUGAAACCUUCAAUAUCAUUUUCAAAUUGAGUAUCUCUGCACCGCAGGGUUCUAGCGAUUUCUACAGUAUGAAGCGUUUUCUUUCCACAAUUCGAGCCCGCUUGUUGAACAGAGCGCUGAAACCCACGAUCGCCACCCUGCCAUUUCAGGUCCUGUCCGACCUCCACCUCGAGGUCGGCCAGCAGUACUCCGUCUUUGACUUCCCCACCACGGCACCGAACCUCAUCCUCGCCGGCGACAUCGGUCUCCUCUCCGACUACGACGCCUACCUCGACUUCCUCCACAACCAGACGGCACGCUAUGAUCGUGUCUUUUUAGUCCUGGGCAACCACGAGUUCUACGGGCUAGACUUUGCUACAGCGCUCUCAACUGCGAAGAAGCUAGAGAAAGAGCCUCGCCUGCAAGGGAAGCUGUCAUUGCUCCAACAAACCAGAAUCGAUCUCCCAGACGCCAUCACUAUACUAGGCUGCACGCUCUGGUCCCACGUCCCCGACGAAGCCAAAGAGAUCGUAGGGAAAAGGGUGAAUGACUUUCGCAGGAUCGAGAACUGGACGGUGGACCGCCACAAUGAUGCACACAAGUCGGACGUCGCUUGGAUUAGAGCGGAGCUGGACAAUAUAGACCCUGGGCGGUCGGUCCUCGUUGUGACACACCACGCGCCGUUGGUUGUGGAGACAUCUAGACCCGAGCAUCUCAAGAAUCCCUGGACCUCGGCCUUCGCAACGAAUAUCAUGUCCGGCGAGAAGACGUGGGGUUCGGUCAGGCAUUGGGUCUACGGGCACACACACUACUCGACGGAAUUUGAGAAGCGUGGGAUCCGCGUGGUCAGUAAUCAACGGGGCUACGUUGUCCCUGGUAUGAUCGGGAGGGAAUGCGUCGAUGAGGGAUUUGAUGUGGGCAAGACCAUCCACGUGCCGAUCGGACGAAGUGAGGAGGUCGGCUGACCUUUUGUUAUCUCGUGCAAGUCAGAUCCCUUACGGGGAGGAAAGCAUGCUUAACGCUCUUCUAUUAUGUAGUAGGGAAACCCACGGAUGCUUUGUACAUAUUCAUGAGACUCCUUUCAUGUCCCCCAGUCUCGCCCAUACAAUUUCAUUGAUAAGUACGAGCUGUUCACCAAGGGAUACCAACAAACAUGAGGUCAGACAAAUAGGGGUGUGGAAGUUAUAGAUUGGUACUGUGUCACAUUUCGUGGUGGGGUACGAUGAUGCUCUGUUCUAAGCGCACGGCGAAGUGACGGACCGUGCUAAGCCAGAGCCCUGGUAGGGGGAACAUGUUUGGUCGUGUUCGUCUUCCUUGUCUAGCUUGGUAGGAGGUUACAUGUAAACUGAUGUUGAACUCGGUGGCUGGGCUGAGGGUAGAUGUGGGGCGUGGCUGAUAAAAAAGUUGAGCUAAGGGUAGGUACGGGGCUUUACGCCUUUAAUUGAUUGGUCGAAC